AGUAUAGUAUAUACUAUACAUGACCAUUACACAACCCAAACCCCCAAUCAACAAACCCAGAACCAAAAGUCUCUCUCUCCCUCUCUCUCUCUCUCUUCAAUCGGCGAUCGGUGACAGUCUCGCUGAGUCAUCGCCGGUGGACGGAUCAAAGACCCUUUUCCGGCAGAGGUAAGCAUUCGAUACGUACAACCUUUGUCGUCACAUUCUCCGUUAAAGCUAUCAACCUGAAAUUUUUUCUAGGGUUUCCUCUGAUUUGGUCCAGAUCUGGUCAUGGGUUUGAUGGUCAAUUUGGGUUGAAAAGGGUGUAAAAGUAAUUGGUUUUAGGUUUUGGAUCGUAGCUAGCUAACGCAUGAGAUGGAAGAGGGGGUGAGAUCUAGAGAGGGUUUGGUAAAGAAGAAGAAUUCUUCAGGUUGCUUGAUAAUAAAGAAGAAAGUUGAUGGGUCAAGAAAGGUGUUCGAGUCGAAUAAGGAGAGGAAAAGGCCGCGUUUGGCUCCCAGUAAUUCUUCUGGUUCUAGCGGUGAUGAUGAUGACGACUCAGAAGAGCUUUCUAAUAGGAAGAAAACUGGAAGUUUUCAAAAUGGUCAGAACGGCGGAAUGGAGAGUGACAGGAAGGGGAGGUUAGAUGUGUUCGAGUUCGAUGAUGAGUAUGAUUACGGGCAUCACAGGUUUAAGCACACUAGCCGGAAAUGGAACGACGGGGAUAUCGAAACCGGGUCUAGUAGACAUAUUAUGAUUGAGAAGAGAAAGAAAUCUUAUUUUGAUAGUGGAAGCGAGUCUUUAUCGGGUGGAAGGAAAAGGGGAUCAGAUUAUGGUUUUAAGAGUAGGUUGGAGACAGACGACGAUGAAGCUCAUUUACCCAUUUCGUCCUUUAGACAGAAGGUUUGUGCACCUUCUGACGAGCCUAUCAGAUUGCAGGGCAAAAAUGGUGUUCUGAAAGUGAUGGUCAACAAAAAGAAGAAGAUGGACGUUCCUAGUAAACUCACUGAUCGCCAGUUGGUAGUUGGAGAUAGAAAGGGUUCUAAGUCCGAAAUUGUUAUCAAGAAGAAGGACACGUCUAUUGAACCUUCGUUUUACUCGGAUUCAAAACGAACUGAAAAAGUAGUUCCAGUUAUUAGGACGGAGAAGAGUGAAGUCAAAGGGAGAAAACCAGUGUCUAAGAGUGCCAAGGGUGGUGAUUCAGAAACAGAGGACAGUGAUACGUCAUUGAGGCGGGGACCAUCACGUCUGCAAGCUUCGAAAAGGGUAAGGAGAACGGGUGGGAAAACUCCAUCAGCUGAAAAAAUGAAGCCUGUUAAAGGGAAGGGAGUGUCUAAGAGUGCUAAGGGUGGUGAUUCAGAAAUGGAGGACAGUGAUAUGUCGUUGAGGCAGGGACCAAGCGUGCAAGCUUCGAAACGGAUACGGAGAACUGACGGGGAAACUCCACCGGCUGAAAAAAUGAAGACUAUGAAAGGAAAGGAAGUGUCUAAGAGUGGUAAGGGUAGUGAUUCAGAAACAGAGGACAGUGAUACGUCGUUGAGGCGGGGAUCAUCAAGUGUGCCAGCUUCGAAAGGGGUAAGGAGGACUGCUGGGAAAGCUCCAUCAGCUGGAAAAAGGAAGCCCGAUAAAGGAAAGGAAGUACAAACAAAGCGUGGUAGUGGGACGGAAAAGCAAUUGUUGCGUGAGAAGAUUCGGCAUAUGCUUAUAAGUGCUGGUUGGACAAUUGAUUAUAGACCUCGAAGGAACAGAGAUUAUUUAGAUUCUGUGUACAUUGAUCCCAGUGGAACAGGAUACUGGUCCAUUAUUAAGGCUUAUGAUGCACUUCAAAAGCAACAGGACGUAGAAGACGCUGAUGUAAAACAAGGUGAGGACUCCUCACAAUUUUUGCCGUUGCCAGAUGACUUGCUAAGUAAAUUAACUAGGCAAACUCGGAAGAAGAGGGAAAGAGAGAUGAAGAUGAAGCGGAAAAAUCAUGGUAGGACUAGGAGAGGCAAAGAAAGGAAGGAAGGGUCUGCAAAGGGUACAGAACAUAAUGGUAAAUCACCAAAAGGGAGAUCAGAUGAAACAAGUAAUGCAAGUGGAGAUGAUUCAGGCAGUAAUUUAUCUCCCAAGCGAGAGAGAUCUGGAAAACAGUCCACUGCAACUAAUUCUCGCACAAUACAAGGAAGAAAGAGUCGAAAAAUUGGCAGAUGUACGUUAUUGAUUCGCAGUUCUGACAAGAGAGCAGAUUCAGAAAGUGACGGUUAUGUUCCAUUUACAGGGAAAAGAACAGUGCUUUCCUGGCUUAUUGACUCUGGAGUGGUUCAUUUAAGUGAGAGAGUGCAGUACAUGAACCGUAGAAGGACACGGGCGAUGCUAGAGGGCUGGGUUACAAGAGAUGGUAUACACUGUGGCUGUUGUAGCAAAAUCCUCACUGUCUCAAAGUUUGAGAUUCAUGCUGGAAGCAAACUGAGACAGCCAUUCCAAAACAUAUAUUUGGAGUCUGGUACAUCCCUUUCGCAAUGCCAGAUAGAGGCGUGGAAUAGACAAGAGGAGUCCAAACGCAUUGGUUUUCACACUGUGGGCACUGAUGGUGAUGAUCCGGAUGAUGAUACUUGUGGGCUCUGCGGUGAUGGUGGGGAUUUGAUCUGUUGUGAUGGGUGUCCAUCAACAUUUCAUCAGAGUUGCUUAGAUAUACAGAUGCUUCCCCCUGGUGAUUGGCACUGUCCCAACUGUAUAUGCAAAAUUUGUGGAAUUGUGGGUGAGGUUAGCGAUGUGGGAGAUACUGCAACCGUCGGCGCCCUUCCGACUUGCAGCCUGUGUGUAAAAAAAUAUCAUGAAUCUUGCAGUCAGGAGAUGGAACCCGCUGAUGUAAAUCGUGCAUCCGCUUCCUUUUGUGGGAAGAAGUGCCAAGAGCUCUUUGACUCAUUACAGAAGCUUCUUGGGGUCAAACAUGAAUUGGAAGCGGGAUUUUCAUGGUCUCUCAUUCAUCGAACAGAGAUCGACACGGAUGCAUCACACCGUGGAGCUCCACAGAGGGUGGAAUGCAAUUCUAAGCUAGCUGUUGCACUCUCUGUUAUGAAUGAGUGCUUUUUGCCUAUCGUUGACAGGAGGAGCGGAAUCAAUUUGAUACAUAAUAUUCUCUACAAUUGUGGAUCAAACUUCAGUCGGCUAAACUAUAGUGGCUUCUAUACUGCUAUUUUGGAGAGGGGUGAUGAAAUCGUUUCCGCAGCAGCCAUCAGGAUCCACGGGACACAACUUGCAGAGAUGCCUUUCAUUGGGACACGUCAUAUGUAUAGACGCCAAGGGAUGUGCCGCCGACUUCUUAGCGCCAUUGAAUUGGCCCUCUGCUCUCUCAAAGUCGAGAAAUUGUUUAUUCCUGCCAUUGCUGAGCACAUGAAUACAUGGACUAUGGUUUUUGGUUUCAAUCCACUUGAGGAGUUGCACAAGCAAGAACUGAGGUCGAUGAAUAUGUUGGUGUUUCCUGGCACAGACAUGCUACAGCAACCACUAGUGGAACAAAAAACCACAGGGGAAAACACAACUGCCAACUCAGAUACGAAAUCCAUUCUAAUCAAAGAAGAUCUUCGUCUUGAGCCUGAUUUGACAAAAAAAUCAGAUGCUGAUUCCUCUGGGGGCCAUGAUCUCAACAUCCGUGAUGAUGAUGUUAUCAUGCAAAAUGGCGAUGAAAUUGAUGACAAAGCUGCUGCUGAAGAUUCUGGUUUGGAAGGCCCGGCUGUUCUCUCAGAGGGUAAUGCACUGUUGACUUCUUCGACGGGUGUUUCUUGUGAACCUAAAGUUGAAGUCUUGAACGACGAGAAGGCGACUCUUCAGUCUCAGUCAGUAGAAAUGUCAACUGAAUCUUCUGCUGACUUUGUUAAGGGCCCCCCUUCCUCAGAUUUGCAUCAUGAUCUCCUUAAGAUGGAAAAUCCUGUAUUAGAUCCUUCUGUCAACAGUAUUUCUUCUCUCAGCCUGGGUGAAGUUCUCGAAUCUAAUGUCAAAGCUGCUGUAGUUGAACUGGUUCUUGAUCCCUUGGAGGAAACAUCGGCCAUGGAUACUGCUGAGGAGUUCAAAGGAGAUAAAAAGCUUCUUUCCGUCUCCACUGUGGAUGCAACUGAUGAGACCACAAAGGAAUCCAACUCUGAUUUGAGUACUCGCAUUUCAGAUAGCAUGGAAUACAAGUUGCAUGUGGCUUCAGAAUCUGAAGUCAAAGUUGAUGAACCUGUUGAAGGUAAUAUUGAGUCUUUCGUGGAGGGUUAUAAAGAUGGUAAUCAUGAUGCGAAAGUAAAAGUCCUUGAUUCUUUGGGUGGAAUUUCUGCGGAGGAAGAGAAAAAUAACGGGAUCCUGGAUCUAGUUUCUGUAUCUUCUUCCAAUGGAAAUGAUGAGUGUAGUGUGCAACUUGCAUCGGAUAUGAAUCAACCAGAUGCACUUCAUCUGCCAAGCAAAUUGAUUGUGGCUUCACUUGUUUCGAAUGCAGAGGUUGCUUUUGAAACAGAAGUUGCUAUAGUAGAAGGUAACGGUCAGUCUUCUGCUGCGAGUGACAUUGUUGAUACUCUUGUUUUGGAUUCUUUAGAUGACAGUUCUACUCAUAACACGACUGAAGAAGUUAACAAUAAGCCGCAUCAGGUUCCCCUUUCCAAUCUGUGUGAAAAAGAGGAAAGUAGUAACUCUGGUUCGAAUCAUCAGAGUAAAUGUGAGGUUGAAAGUGAAAUUCCUGUGGCUUCAGAAGUUUGUUAUGAAGCAGAUACAGCACCAGUGAGAAAUGAUAUUCGAAGUUCUGAAGUGGGUGACAUUGAUGAUAAAGUUAAUGAUGGCAAAGUUGCUUGUGUUGAACCUGAUCUUGAUUCUUGUGGGGAAAUUUCUGCUCAGGAAAACGACAUUACUAAAGACCAGGAACCUGCAUCUGUUUCUUCGCUUGACGUAUCUGCUGAGUGUACCAUUCAUUUGAACUCGGCUUCGAACAAGCAGAAUGCUCUUGACAUGGAAAGCAACUUGCAUGCAGCUUCAGAAGUUGCUCUAGGUGGAUGUAAUAUUCUUUUAAGUGGAGAAGAUGACAUGGGUAAAAAAGCUGAAGAGGUAAAUGUCAUAAAUGCCCCCGUCGAAAUCUCUGUGGAACAUCUAACUGAGGAAAUCAAAGCAAAUGUUACAGUUUCAACUAUUCAUGAAUCUGAUGACAGUUCCGUUCAAUUUGAAUCUGAUCAGAAUAAUCAGAGUGCAAAUGCAAUGGAAACUGACUUGUCAUAGGGACUCUUGAGGUUCAAUCUGAUGGAAUGCAUUGUGAUAACAUGCAUUUCUUGUAUUUUGAUCUUCUUCUGUUAGAUAUGAUCUUGAUAGCCAUUUUCGUCAUCGCACGCUGGAAUGCAGCUUAUAUACCUCCGGCAUUGUGGGCAACAAGAAAUGGAACCCAUGAAAAAGCCAUAAAUUUUGAGGGAAAUGACUUUCUGGUUUCUGAUCCAAGGUCGUGCACAAUAUAUCUGUUACAGGAGGCUUCCAGUGGGUAGAAAUUGUUUCUGCUGCAAUUCUGUUGCAAUUUUACCGGAGUUGGUCCGGAUAUCAUAAAGUCAAGUUCCCUGCCUUGUAAUGUUGUAACCUAGCUUGGCCAAUAACUUCUGUGUGCUGAGUUUGUUAGACGAAUACUUUGGAUUAGCUUUUUUGUUUUUGUACAGAUCUAGAUUUGGGUUUUUGGUGUCUCUGGUGGAACUUGGAAGGCCUUGUAAUCUGUCAUAUGAUAGACUGAUAGUGAUAAUUUUGUUGUUACAGCACGGAGGUAAGGUAAUUCUUGGGCUGGGCCUUUCUUAUUAGGUCCUGGAACUCCCAUCAUGUUUCUUUGUAAUCUAGUCAAGUUUCAGUUGUUGGGUGUGCUGAUGUUAUUAGGAAUCGUGAUUCUGUUUCUGUCACACCGUUCUGUUUCAGU